AUGUAUCAGCUUAUUGAAGGAUCUGAGCCUCUUCCACUCACACCAGAAUUAACAACCUUCUUUGAAUGGGCUCGCUCUAGAGGCGUUAGGUGGGAUAAAAUAGAAUAUCCUGUGCUUUUCCCGCCUGGGUAUAUUGGCACAAGAGCAACUGAUACAAUUUAUCCAAAUGAAGUUAUUAUAUCAGCCCCAAAUAGUGCUUUAUUCACAACAGAAACAGUCAAAAGAAGCGAUUUAGCAAACUUAAUAAGCCAAUGCCCAGAUCUUUUUGAAGAAACCAAUUCUUAUUACGAUUAUAUGCUUUUAAUCACCUAUAUCCUCUGGGAAAAAAACAAAGGCAAUACAUCAGAAUGGGCUCCAUUCCUCAGCGUGCAGCCAAAAAACCCAGAAACAAUUCAAGACUGGAGCCCUGAGGAGCUAAAAGAGCUUCAAGACCCUGAUUUAGAGUAUGAUUCAGAAAAGCAUUUUACCUAUCACCAUUAUGCUUAUACUCUAUGAAGGCAAAAUCUCUCAAAAUUCGAGGAAUUCCCACAGGAUUUAUUAACGUUUAAAAAUUUUAUAUGGGCUUGGAGACUGAUAGGGACAAGGACUUUUGGAAAAUUUGUCCCACAUGUAACAUUUUUCCCUGUCGGCGAGUUUUUGAAUCAUGAUAAUACUGAGACUUAUUAUUGUUAUGUCGCACCUGAUGAAACCCCUGAUUCAUCAGGUAGAUAUAAUGGCUAUGAAGAUUAUGAAGACCAUGAUGAUCGAAUUUGUGAAAGAGACCUUUUAUACUGUAUAAAUUAAAUUUACUUGCAAUUUAUUUAUCAAGAGUUAAUAGAGAAUAUUGAUUUAUUUAUUAAUCAGAGAAUAAUUCGUUAUUCAUAUCAUAUUUUAGUAGAAGCCAACCAAAACUUAGCUCCAUUAGAAGAUACUGAUAUCUAUAAAGAAAUACAAACAGAAGCUUGAACCUUAGAUAGGAAAGAUGAAAUCGAAAAUAGACGAAAAAAUGAUUGAAAGCCGCUUUCUGACACUUUGAUUGAAGGAGAUAAUAAAUGCAUGCAAAUGGUAGCUGGCCCUACUGAAAAAUAUGAAAAAGGAUCUGAAAUAUACAUGAGCUAUGGAAGAUACUCGAACAGGCAACUGUUGUGUGUAUAUGGUUUUGCUUUAAGAGAUAACAAAUAUAACUAUGCCAGAAUUAAAGUAAAAUUUGAAAGAUUUACCAAAAAUCCAGCGAUUGUUGAAUUUUUAGAAAAAAAAGAAAUAAAUGAGCUUAUUCCAUUUAAGCUAAAACAUCAUGAAUUGUGCCUAGGUAGCAUAUAAACAGAUAUCUUUAGAAUUAUAAGAGCUUUAAAUUGGGACAGCAGCAAGCCAAAAGAAGCCUUUUUCAACCCUGCCUCGCUGAACUACGAAGUCAGCGUGCUUAACCAUGCCUUAUCCAUCCUUCAAGCUGAGCUCGCAGAGUUCCCAACUACUUUAGAAGCAGAUUUUUCUCUUUUUGACCAAGUUUCCACACCUCAUUUUUAUUUUGCUGUAAUUCAUAAUCAAGCUUGUUUAUAGAAGUGAAAGGAAAAAAAUAAUCCACAGCCACAUCAAUUUGAUUAAUAUUUGCAUAUAAUUAAAAUAUGGCGUCUUCGUCUUGGUAUGGCCUCCCGGCCAUACAUACUCGACUCAUAUUUUAAUUAUAUCCGGCAAGGUUUUACCAUUUCAGAGAUGGACUGCAAUGCUAGGUAAGCAAUUCUGGUAGCUUUCAGAGCCUAGCCCUAGUCUGUUCUUAGGGGUGGAUUUUUCCUCGUGGGGAAGGAGGGUGCAAGGUUGGAAAGGGGAAGCCCAGCAAAGUCCUCUGGACCAUUCGGGCAACUCCCUAGCGUGAAACUGGGCGUUACGUCCCAGGCUUUGCAUUUUUCCUUUUUGCCGAUAGCCGACCAGAAAAAUCCAUUUUUUGGGUUUUUCGGAAAAGCAACCCAUGUACAAGCAAGUAGCUCAUCCAUGAGCCGUCGAAGACGUGGACAUUUGCCCUAGAAGCACCUUGGUGAUCAAAGCGAGUCUGUCCCCAGCGGACUGGUGGGCCCGAUGCGACGAAAGGCGAGUGAUAAACCUGGGGUCGUAACCCCGUAGUGGACGUUAAGCGAUAUAAAUACCAUAAGAUAAGAUAAGAUUAAUAUUUGCAUAGUCGUUUUGACAAGAAUGAUAGAAGGCCAGCCAUUAAGCCAAGCCUUAGAAAUUGUGGAAGACUUCGAAAACGACAUAGGUAAUACUAAUUCAGAAUAUCCAAACAAUAGAAAAGUGCUGAGCUCAUAUAUUUCAACUUUUCAAUUUAACUAA